UGCAAACGUGGGUCUGAUUGGACGCAAGGGACUUGCGACCCGUUAUUUCUCCGUCCGUGGAGCCCACACGAAACCACCGCCGAGGGCGGACGCGCACUCUUGAAGAAGCUCUCGCGAUGCGUUCUCGUACGUUUCGAUGUCUCGAGUACGCGCGCCCGCAUCUAACCUAACUUACCCGACGCGAAGCCCCAUCCGCGGUCCAGUCCGUGUUUCGCGAAGUCGGUCAUCCGCGCUGAAGAAACGGGGAAACGGACCGCGUUCUGGAAGGACUGCGUCAAGGACGAGCGAAGCCGCGGUCGUCCUGAACCAGUGUGCCCCACGUGAAUUGCCGAAUAAAGGACGCGGAAACUCCAUUCCAAGGAGGAAAUAACCUCCGACUGUGGCGUCCGACUCGCAGCGCUCGGAGUAAGGGAUCGCGUUGGCGACCUUUUGAGGUUAUCGCUCGAACUUGACGAGAGUGAUAGAGCCGUUCCGUUUCUCUUCCUCCUCAGGAACAGCAACGGGUAGAAGGACUCGUUAUCGACAGCGAUUAUCGCCACUUCAUACGGUGCUAAAGAAUGAAGAUACAUUUUCGCAUCAGUCCCUGUAUUAUGGAUGGUAGUUAAUGUGGAGGAAUAACAAGAACUGCUGAAGAACCUGUGAUAAGAAUUUUUGGCUCGGUCUGCUUUAAUCUCCAAGGCUUCCGAGCAUGGUGCUAGAUAUGGUCUGAAGCAUCGAUGCUAUUAUGCCAGAGAAAGAGGAUCCCUGUUGCAGGGCAUCGCAAGCGUGACCUGAGCGAUGAUGGACGAUGGCCAGCAGUUGAUGACGGAACUGCCGGCAUUGCCGAUGGCUCACGGAGCCACGUUAAUCGACCGUAGUGGGCACUACUACCGCCUACACCAGCCUCAUUUAUCCGUCACCUCUCCACAGAGUGAACAAAUAGUCUCUCACGAUCUGUCGACCACGCCUCGGUAUACCUCUGAAACAACGGACCUAACCUCCUACCCACAAGGUAUUUCUAGGCAGUCGAAUGGCUCGUCGAGGAGAUCGUCGUUUGUCGGUACGCAUAUCUCAUGCCUCUACCCAGAGAUUCUGGCACACAUCUUCAGUUACCUGGAUGUAAAGGACAGAGGGAGAGCUGCACAAGUGUGCACUGCCUGGAGAGAUGCUGCUUAUCAUAGAUCGGUAUGGCGAGGAGUGGAAGCGAAACUACAUCUCCAGAAGCAUGUUCCCACGCUGUUCGCCAGCCUUGUCUGGAGAGGAGUGAAGAGAGUGCAGGUUCUCUCCCUUCGCAGAGGCCUCAGCGACGUCCUUAAGGGAAUUCCUAACCUGGAAUCGCUAAACUUAUCUGGCUGUUAUAAUGUCACUAAUGCAGGCAUCGCAAAUGCAUUAUGCCAGGAAUACUUGUCGCUGGUCGAGCUAAACCUGUCUCUGUGCAAGCAAGUGAGCGAUGCAUCGCUUGGGACGAUAUCGCAGUACCUGAAGAACCUGGAGAUACUGGAGCUCGGGGGUUGCUGCAACAUCACCAACGUCAGCCUACUUCUCAUAGCCUGGGGCCUGAAAAAACUAAAGAAGCUGGACCUACGGAGUUGUUGGAAAAUAUCUGACAAGGGCAUCGCCGACUUGGCAGGGGUGAACAAAGAAACCGACGAUGGAAUCCAUGGACUGGAGUACCUGGGCCUACAGGACUGCCAGAGACUGAGCGAUGCAGCUCUCGAACACAUCUCCGUCGGCUUCACCAGCCUGAAGUUUAUCAACCUGUCCUUCUGCUUCUCAAUUACGGACUCCGGCCUCAAGUAUCUUGCCAAGAUGACGAGCCUGCGGGAAUUGAACCUGAGGUCCUGUGACAAUGUCUCGGACACUGGUGUGGCCUACCUGGCAGAGGGCGGAAGCAGAAUCUCCUCUCUGGAUGUCUCUUUCUGCGAUAGAAUCGGAGAUGUAGCUCUUGGCCACAUCUCGCAAGGAUUAUUUAACUUGAAGUCGCUCUCACUGUCGGCUUGCCAGAUCAGUGACGAGGGGAUCUGCAAGGUAGCCAAGACGCUGCACGACUUGGAGACCCUUAACAUCGGUCAGUGCAGCAGGAUCACCGACAAGGGCCUGCACACCAUCGCGGAGAGCAUGAAGCAUCUCAAGUGCAUCGACCUGUAUGGAUGCACCAGAAUAACCACUGCCGGCCUCGAGCGAAUCAUGAAACUCCCGCAGUUGAGUAUACUGAACCUAGGGCUGUGGCACGUACGGUGAUGGCAUUCUUCGGAGAGUUAUGGCACUUGAAGACAUUGCGUUUCCAGUUCUUUUGCCUUGUAUGUUACAACGACGAGGCUCUCCAAUCAUGUAUCCAUUGGCAUCGGGUUUAAGCAUGCGAAGGAGAUCAAAGGAGAUUUUUCCCCUUUGUUUCCCAUCGUUUUUUUUUUUUUAUUUCUCAUGCAUUCUGUUUUACCCAUGAUCGUGGGGCAAUGUGCUCGCGUUCGUUUAUUCGUGUUUAACGGCGUUGACACCUUUUUACAUUUUUUAUGUUAUAUUUGUCAUGAAAGACAUUGCGCACGACUGCAAGAGGGAGGUCUGUGAAGUUGCCCUUUGGCAUUCCCCGACUCGAGGUGAAGUUUUUAUCCGUUCCUAGUUUGUUGCCAAGAGUCGGAUUUUAAUAAUUUUAUACGCAAUUCUCGAGGGAUCGUGUUCACUAGAAGCUGUUUAUAUCUUUUACUAUUCUAAAGGAGCAUGAGGAUAUUGAAAUUUCACGUUUACUAGAAAGUCACUUCGUCGCUAUGUCUGCUGAAUAGUGUUUUUUAAUAUCAAUGUCUUCGGAACGGUGACUUCUUAGACAAGGAAUUUUGGCUCGACCCAUUCCUCCUUCUCGCGGUCUUAAUCUAGAAAUUAGCACAAUUCGGCGUAUAUUAUUGGGCUUAGUUAAAGUUAUAAGCACCAAUUAUUUUAUUUUACGUUUCCGGCUCCUUCUUAGAGGACCGAUUUCGUGACACCCAGCAAUCGGAGGCCUAUUCUCAGGCUUCGACAGUCUCUCGACUGUAACUCCUAAAGCGUCGCUCGUUGCGGGUGUCUUGCAAUAUUGUAUAAAACGAAGGAAAAAAAGAAGAAAAAAAAAAGAAAACAAAAAGAAGCAUGUUUCCCUAAACGUUUUAAGCGCUGUGACGGGGAGGAAAGAAAGGGAAAUUAAGAGACCCCAUCUGCGCCCGCGAAGGUAACGCGCCAGUUUUGAAGGUUAAGUCCGUCAGGUCGAGGCGCAGUUCCCUCUCCGCGGUUUCUUUUCGCGUUAAUUUCCGUGUCUUCGGUAGAUACGGCGAGGAUUAUACGCCAGAACGAUCAAAAUAGAGCGCAGCGAACGAAAUAACACUGGCUACCCCGAGGUAGGAUACUAGUGUCGUACCCUAUGGUAACUUUAAAGGGAAAAUCAUUCAGCUACACUUUAAGGCCACUAAUUCUGUCCUGCAUUUAAUUCUAAAUGCACGACGUUAGUCGCCCGGUGCUAGCCGCGGACCAGGGUGUGGAUCGUCGUCCCCGGGGAGGUUGUCCGACGCUGCGCCUCAAGACUUGGGACUGCGCUCUGGCACCUGCGACAACCUGUGCAGGGAGGGACGAGAGAUUUAUAUUUUUUCAACGAGCCAGCUGCGCCCUGUCGUUUCCUGUCGCGUCCGCACAGCCACCAGAGGACGAGUUCAGAUCUCCGGAGGGCCUGGACAGGGAGAGCGAAACACUUUCCCUGUGGCGUUGCGUUUGUAUAAACAUUAGGAGUGUUAAGAGCGAGCCAGAACUCGAGCGCUGUGUAGCAUAAUGCUCGUUUCGCGAGAGGUGUAUUCAUCCUUAACAUAGCGAAACCUGUAAGAUACCACUGUGACGGAUGGGCGACGUCGACGGAGUUAAUUGGGAGAGCGAAGUCUCCUCCGAAGGGUACGAUAGCCAACGAAUGCUUCGCUCUCCUGGGUGCAAUAGGUCAAAGUUAGAGGAGGACCUCAUCGAUUAGGAAUCGCUCCGUUGGCGUCGCUCGUCGUUUUCCGACCUUCGUCCAGAUUUUGUUUAUAAUUAUAAUUGUAAUUAAGGGUCCGCGGCGCUUGCCUCCUCUUUCCCCGCGAUUGUUGAAGCGUUUCGUUAGUCGAGGAGGAGGCAAGGGACGCCUCCUGGAGACUCUCUCGAAGAAGGUGCCCUCCCACGUGUUUCUCGAUUCUUCCCCCAUGUUUCUUUUGUACCUUUCUUCUCUUUCUCUCUCCCCUUUUUGGGAGGAAGGUUCCCUCCUCGAGGGAAGAACCUUCCCCGAGGGCCCGACACUUCGUCGAGAGGGUAUUCACGAGAGAUGUACUUCGGGGUAUUCCGAGGACAAUCGCGAGCUACCGCCCGUUGUUCUCGCCGCGUCGUUAAUUGUUUACAAUUUCUCCCCCCUCGGAGGGAUUUUCGACGCGUCGAGACUCUUCGAGGGAGGGGUCUAGGAAUUAAGAGAGAAACGAAUUGUAUCUUGAACCGGCCGUCACGAUUUCGAGUAAUAAUAAGCGAAGAACUUGCGAGGA